AUGAUUGCAUAUAAAAAGCAAUUUCUCUUCGUCAUUUUUUUUUAUCUACCUAUCUAUUUCGGUCCGUUCAUAUAUAUAUAUAUAUAUAUAUAUAUAUAUAAAUCGGUCCGUUUAUAUCUAUCUUUUCUAUCUAUCUAUCUAUCUAUCUAUCUAUCUAUCUAUUUCGGUUUGUUCACAUCUUCCUCUCUUUCUAUGUCCGAUCAUAUCUAUCUAUCUAUCUAUCUAUCUAUCUAUCUAUCUAUCUAUCUAUCUAUGUCCGAUCCUAUCUAUCUAUCUAUCUCCGAUCAUAUCUAUCUAUCUGUCUAUAUCCGAUCAUAUCUAUCUAUCUAUCUCCGAUCAUAUCUAUCUAUCUGUCUAUAUCCGAUCAUAUCUAUCUAUCUAUCUAUCUAUCUAUAUCCGAUCAUAUCUAUAUAUCCGAUCAUAUCUAUCUAUCUAUCUAUCUAUCUAUCUAUAUCCGAUCAUAUCUAUCUAUAUCCGAUCAUAUCUAUCUAUCUAUCUAUCUAUCUAUCUAUAGAAUCACAUUUAAUCUUUCCUCUCGUAUUUGCCUCAUCUUGCUUUUCAUUACCUCUCAUCGCAAUUCCCCAACUGCUAGCAAUAUUGUUAUGA